AAAAUCUUAAUUACACCCUCCUCUUCUCUUAUCAUUUUCUCUCUCUAACCUUCUCUUCACAUUUCUCCCCUUUUCCCAGCAAAAUCCACAUUUUUUUUCCAAUUAACCCCCAAAAUAACACAAUUAAUUUUCUUCAGUAAUUCUUCAAGUAAAUUUAUUUCCCAUUUUUUUUUAGUAAAUUAUUUUAAUGAUGGAAUUCGAGGAGGAGCACGCGGAGGAGGAAGAAGAGGAGGAGGAAGAGGAAGAAGAAGAAGAAGACACAGAAAUGGCGAUAACUCCAAUUUUCAAGAAGCAACACAACAACCUCCAAAACCACCACCACCACAAUGCCGCCGCCGUGAGGUACAGAGAAUGCUUGAAGAACCACGCCGUAGGAAUCGGUGGUCACGCCGUGGACGGUUGCGGCGAGUUUCUCCCAGCCGGCGACGAAGGCAGCAUCGAUGCACUUCGUUGCGCCGCCUGUAACUGCCACCGCAAUUUCCACCGUAAAGAGUACUCCACCUCCGCCUCCGUCGUUUCUUCUCAACUCGCCCUCUACAACCCUCCUCGUCCCCACCACCCCCACCACCCACACCACCCACACCCUCGCCAACUUUACCAAGUUUACCCUUAUCACCACCAUGUGUCGGCUGGUGGGGGACAUGGACAUCGCCCUUUUGCUUCCCCCUCUCCGACAUCCGCUGGUCCCCUCAACACCAACAACAACCACCACCAAGAGGAGCCUCCUGGUUCUGCUGGUGGGGUUCCUGGUGGUGGUGGUGUCGGAGAUCAGAUGAUGAUGAUGAUGAAUAGCGGCGGCGGCGGAGUUGGCGGUGGUGGUGGGAAUGUAACGGGCGGUGUUGUCGGAGGAGGAGGAACAAUGAGUACGAUGAUGUUGUCGGGGGGAAACAACACGUCAUCAUCUUCAGGGAAGAAGAGAUUUAGGACGAAAUUUACAAAUGAACAAAAGGAUAAGAUGUUGGGUUUAGCAGAACGACUUGGUUGGAGAAUUCAGAAACAAGAUGAAGAAUUAGUGCAUCAAUUCUGUCAUGAAAUGGGGAUCAAAAGAAAUGUACUUAAAGUUUGGAUGCAUAAUAAUAAACUUACUCUUGGUAAGAGAACCCUAAUCACCACUCCUCCUCCUUAAAUUAAUUAAAUUAAUAAACUCUCUUCACUACCCCUACUUAGUGGGGUGAUUAGUAAUGUAUGUAGGGGAUUGUGUUGUAUUGUGUAAUUUUUUUGUGGUUUUAGUGAAUUAAGUAGUGAACACCUUAUUGUUCUCAUUUGAGUAAUUGCUUAGUUUGGUUAGUGUAUGUAUCAUGUAUUUGGGUUGAUGUUAAUCAUCAUUUUGUACUAGAUUCCAUCAUGAAUGAAUGUAUUGAAUUUGGAUCGGA